UUUCAAGUCCUCUGCGCAUAGAAAGUGUAUUAUUUUUUAGUGAGUGUUAGGAUUAUUUUAAUUUUGAUAAAUCAUGAGCCGUUGGUUCAGUAAGCUAUUUUUAGUAGUUGUCCUUACUGCGUUGGGAAAGCCAGAAAGUGAAGCGGAAGACAAUGCAGACGGUCUCCAAACAAUUGAAGGUUCAGCUGGAUGGGAUUCGACGGAAUGUCAACAGUUGCAGGAUCGUCUCGAAGCCUUGGAAUCGGCCGUGAAGAGCAUCGUGUCAGCCUUGGCAAGUCAGAAGAACGAAAUAUUCGCACCGAUAACUGCAAUUCUGGAGCAGAAUGCAGCCCUGCGUGUUAUUCUAUCGUCACCUCUAGUAUCCCAAGGCGCGUUACUGAAAAUUCAACAAUUCAUCCUGAUUUUAGCUACAACACGACUAUCAACACAAACAGUAAUUCUAAUUAUUAUGAAGAAGAGCCCAAUCUUUCUGGGAAUAUUAACGCCUCGUUAAGCAGAAACAAAUCUAUUGAAAUAGAAUGGACCCCACUAUUCCCCGAAUGUAUCGCAUACAAUUCCGGUGUCUGGAUUCGAGUCUUUGAAUCCGACACUCCUUCGUCAGCAGAGACGUACUUGUCCAUCCCAAGGAAAUGCUUGACCGAGAAAUACAACUCCAUCUUCUCUUUUGUCAUACACUCGCCCACGAAAUCUGACGACCCGAAGGAAAGCGAUUGCCACUUCGAGCUAACGAAUGUUCUGAUCGAGUGUCGGUCUUACAAGAUUGAACUUAUUCCGAAUUAUGAGUCACUCAAGGGGAGACCACUUACCACCGAAAUUGUUACUCCUUCCACAAAUGGCAACUCAAUCGAUAUGAAAUCGCUGUUAAGCGUUGCCACUAGUUCGAGUUCGUUGUCUUUAAAUUGGAAAGACAAUUCCGGUUGCGCAACUCAACUGACAUCCUUUAAUUUAAAGACUUUCCUUGAUGGAAAAGUGAAUGCUACAGAAGAAGUUGAACCCGCACUUGAAGUUUCCCCGCACUUGUCUGGACCAACAGAGGAAUGAAAAGAAUCUGUUCUCACUUACUUUAUCUGCCGAUCACACAUGCCCGGUGAAAUGGACGUCGUUGGACGCUUGUAGGAAGUACGCAUUUGAAAUGAAAUCAGAGUAUUCCAAGACUUGGAGUAGCGCGCCACAUUUUUGGGAGACAUUCACGUCCCAACAAG